AAAGUUGAUUCAGAAAGAGACAAAGCCUAUCCUAUUUAUGUUUUACGUACCAUGGUGUGGAUUCUGCAAGAAAUUGAAGCCAGACUAUGCACAGGCUGCAACCGUACUCAAGAAGACUGCAGUGCUGGGUGCGAUGGACAUUGACCUGGAGGAAGCGUAUGGCAUCAGGCAAAUGUUUAACAUCACCGGUUUUCCAACACUUCUCUACUUCAAGAGUGGCGAGCAGCCUAUGCCCUAUGGCGGUGAGCGCAACAAGGACGGAAUCAUCGCCUGGAUGAAAGACCCUAAGCCGGCCGAGGAGAAGGAAGAGGAGAAGCCAUGGAGCGCAGAGGAAAGCGAGGUUGUGCAUCUGAAGACGGAGAACUUUGACGAGUUUGUCGCUGAGCACCCGUCUGUGCUUGUCAUGUUCUACGCUCCAUGGUGUGGACACUGUAAGGCUAUGAAGCCAGAGUAUGUCACCGCCGCUGCCACACUGAAGGAGGAAGGCUCCGAGGGUGUGAUGGCUGCUGUCAACUGCGUCGAUGAGAAAUCCCUGGCCGAGCGCUUUGACGUCAAGGGAUACCCGACCGUCCGCUACUUCCUGAACGGAACGGACAAAUGGGGAUUUGAUGGUCGCCGUGAGGCUGACAUGCUGGAGUUCAUGAGAGACCCGAAGGAGCCACCACCACCCCCGCCGCCAGAGCCCGAGUGGAGCGAGGUCACGAACAAGGUGACGCACAUCGACGGCCGCGAGCAGUUCCGCGCUGAGCUCAAGCGCAAGAAGCAUGCGCUCGUCUUCUUCUACGCGCCGUGGUGCGGACACUGCAAGAAUGCGAAGCCGGAGUUCUCUGCUGCGGCCGACCGCGUAGUCAGCAACAAGGUGGCAAUGGCCGCCGUGGACUGCACCGCCGAGAAGAGCAAGGAGCUGUGCGAGGACUACGGCGUGCGCGGCUACCCGACCAUCAUCUACACCAGCUACUUGAAGACCAGCUUCAAGUACUCUGGCGGACGCACGGAGGAAGACUUUGUUGCUUUCAUGGAAGACCCCAAGGAGCAGGAAGAGCCUCCGCCAGAGCCACAGUGGAAGGAUACGCCUAGCAAUGUUGUUCACUUGACUGACUCCACAUUUGAUGAGUACCUGUCGUCACAUCCUUCCACGCUGGUCAUGUUUUAUGCACCAUGGUGUGGUCACUGCAAGGCUAUGAAGCCCGAGUUUGUUACUGCCGCUGACAGCAUCUUGAACACUGGCUUGGAAGCAUCGCUGGCUGCUGUGGACUGCACACGUGAGACUGGCCUGGGAACGCGCUUCAGUGUGCGUGGCUACCCGACCAUCAAGUUCUUCCCGAGCGGAGCUGACGAUUCGGAGGACUACUCGCUUGGUCGCACCGCUGACGACAUUGUCCGAUUCCUCAAGAACCCCGUGCCGGCGAAGAAACCAGAGCUGAUCACGGAAUGGAGCAGUGAUGUCAGCGUGUUGACCAGUGCUAACUUUGCCGUCACUGCCGAGUCUGCAGACACCAUGCUGGUCAUGUUCUUCGCUCCAUGGUGUGGCCACUGCCACAAAGCUCAACCAGCUUUCGAGGGAGCUGCUGCCAAGCUUGCUGGAGACGACAGUCGUAUUUUCGCGGUGGUGGACUGUGUUGCUAACUCAGACCUCUGCUCGCAGUAUGGAGUGAGCGGCUUCCCGAGCUUCAAGUCGUUCUCGCGAUCGGCCGAGAAUGCUGCGGACUACGAUGGCGGCCGUUCGGUUGCCGACUUCCUCUCCUUCUUCAACAAAGGCGACGGCAAGGCGCGCACCGAACUCUAAAGCGGAGCAUACGCCCGUUCUUACCCACCGCACACCAGAGCCCCCACAACGGAAUGCGAGGAUCCGACACGACCGUAACGCUGUCGCAUUGCAUAGUGAUUUUAAUUUCUAGCACUACCAAGUCUGCAUGCUUACUGUCAUAACAAUGAUCUAGUAGAUAUUUUUUCUUUUAAUAGUCUAUUUCCUGUCUGUCCUGGUAUAUAUAUAUUUUUUAUGUCUCAACGCAACCGUCGGUGGUCAUGCAUGCGGCGGUGUUUGAUCUUGUUUGCAUUAUUUCGGAUGACAGACAAAUCAAGGGUGACAAAUAACAACCUUCUUUUUGGCGCGA